AUGGGACCCAUUCGCGAUUACUUUGGUGUCCUCAGCCUCGGCAUAGCUGCCGGUGUCUACUUCAGUCCAGAAUGCGCCAUCUACGGCUCCAGAAUCGCGACCAUUACCGUUCUGAUUACAGGCAUCACCAUAUCAAAGUUGCUCUAUCAGUUAUUUAUCUACCCUCAAUUCGUCACGCCGUUGAAACACUUUCCGGCCCCACCAAAACGGCACUGGCUCACGGGCAAUACGGGUAGUUGGCUCGUCGACACCCCGCAUGCGCUAAUGAAGGAGUGGGCCAAGACUAUUCCCAAUGAUGGAGUUCUUCGUUACUACAUUGUGGGAAACAUGGAAAGGCUCACGAUAACCAGUCCUGCUGUCCUAAGCGAAAUUUUGGUGAGCAAGGCCUACGACUUCGCAAAGCCCUUGGUGAUACAGCAGACAUUGAGGCGCGUGCUGGGCAAUGGCAUCCUGAUUGCCGAAGGCGAGGAACACAAGUUUCAACGUAAGAAUCUCAAGCCAGCUUUUGCGUACCGCCAUGUCAAGGAUCUCUAUCCUGUCUUCUGGUCCAAGGGCACGGAGAUGGCCAAGUUGAUCCGAAAGGAUCUGCAGAGCAGAACAGCUCCAGACGAUAACACCAUUCAAGUGCGAACCUGGGCCAGUCGAUCCUCGCUGGACAUCAUUGGUUUGGCAGGCAUGGGCCGGGAUUUCGGCUCCCUGCACGACCCUGAAAACAGUCUCAGCCAAUCUUACGAAAUGAUCUUCGCCACACCGGGUCUGGGAACAAAGAUCCUUUUCAUACUUGGAAUGCUCCUUGGGAAUACGACAUGGCUAGCAAAGCUACCCACCAAGCAGAAUAAGCUCAUUGACACGGGCUGUCGCAAUAUCCGUGAUGCCACGCGGCGGAUGAUUCGCGAGCAGAAGGUAAAGAUGGAGGAUCCAAACGCAGAGGCCGAGGUCGACAUCAUUUCCGUCGCAAUGCGGAGUGGCAACUUUGACGAUGACAACCUCGUCGACCAGUUGAUGACCUUCCUAGGCGCCGGCCACGAGACGACCGCUGGGGCGCUUCAAUGGGCGAUAUAUGCGCUUUGCAAGCACCCAGAUGUUCAGGCCCGCCUGCGCGACGAAGUCCGCGCCAACCUGCCACCGAUCAAUGUCGAGAAUCCCGGUCCGAUCGACGCUGCAACCAUUGACAGCCUCCAGUAUCUAAAUGCCGUCUGCAAUGAAGUCAUUCGCUUCCACCCGUCUGUGCCAAAUACCGUCCGUGUGGCUUUGAAAGACACCACCCUGAUGGGGUACCCGAUCCCCAAGGGUACGCAGGUCGUCAUUUCGCCGGAACUUGUUAAUCAUAUGCCGGCGCUUUGGGGGACAGACGCGGAACAGUUCAACCCAGAUCGAUGGAUGGGCCCCGGUAAGGCCAACACCGGUGGCGCAGCCAGUAAUUACGCUUUCCUGAGCUUCCUUCACGGUCCCCGUAGUUGCAUUGGGCAGGUGUUCGCUAAAGCGGAACUAGCAUGUCUCCUCGCUGCGGUGGUCGGUAGCUUUGAGUUCGAAUUGAAAUACCCCGACGCUCCACUGGAGGUGCGAGAGGGAGCGACUAUCGCACCAAAGGACGGCGUCCUGGCUAAAUUCACUCCUUUGGAAGGAUGGUGA